AUGCGGCUACGACUGCGCUGGCCGUGGUGGCUUGGGACUCUGCGCUUUGGGCCUAGUCGCCCAAGGCCGCGGUUGCGCCGGGGCUCUGACGUAACCUUGGAAACGAUUCAUUCACCCACGCGCACACAUGCAUACAUGCACACACACACACACCCACCCAUCCCCCAGCUCCAGCACGGCCGGCCCUUCCGCCGGCCACAAGACGAGACGCCUUGUAUUCAUCCUGACACUCGUUUGCGGCACCAUGGCUGA